UUCUCCCGCCGCCAGGUGCGACCCCUCGGCGAGCGAGCCCCGCAGUCCUGCACUCGGAGUCCGAGAUGGCCUCAGUGACCGAUAGUAAAACUGGAAUCAAAGAUGCCUCUGACCAGAAUUUUGACUAUAUGUUCAAACUGCUCAUCAUUGGUAACAGCAGUGUUGGCAAGACCUCCUUCCUCUUCCGCUAUGCUGAUGAUACCUUCACCCCUGCCUUUGUCAGCACUGUGGGCAUCGACUUUAAGGUGAAGACAGUAUACCGCCAUGAGAAGCGAGUGAAGCUGCAGAUUUGGGACACAGCUGGGCAGGAGCGGUACCGGACUAUCACCACAGCCUAUUACCGUGGGGCUAUGGGCUUCAUCCUUAUGUAUGACAUCACCAAUGAGGAGUCCUUCAAUGCUGUCCAGGACUGGGCUACUCAGAUCAAGACCUACUCCUGGGACAAUGCUCAGGUUAUUCUGGUGGGGAACAAGUGUGACAUGGAAGAGGAGAGGGUUGUCCCCACUGAGAAGGGCCGACUUCUUGCAGAGCAGCUGGGGUUUGACUUCUUUGAAGCCAGUGCCAAGGAGAACAUCAGCGUGAGGCAAGCCUUUGAACGCCUGGUAGAUGCCAUUUGUGAUAAGAUGUCUGAUUCGCUGGACACAGACCCCUCUGUGCUGGGCACUGCCAAGAAUACCCGUCUCUCAGACACUCCACCGCUGCUGCAGCAGAACUGCUCAUGCUAGGCAAGGCCUACCCACUUAACCUCUCCUCAUUGUAGUCCACAUGCACUUUGCUUCUCUGUUACACACUGUCCACUCUCACCCAAAGAAGCUGAGUUGCUGCUGUUCU